AUGAAUGAUGUGACUUUCUUCAAUCGAACUUAUUUGAGUCACUUGAACAACUAUUAUAAGAUUUGGUCUGAAGGAUAUUCAGUGGACGGGUUUUUUGAAAUCAUUCAGCAAAAGUACGGGUACAAAUGUGAAGACUUGUUUUACGAAUGUCAGUUAGCUGGUAAAAUUUUGGAUUGUUGUAAUGAUUUGAUGGUCCGAAGAGUUGUGAUGCGUCGUGGAAUCUGUUAUCAAACAAGGAGGGAUGUCAAUCAGUCCGAAGCAGACGACAUUGGGCGGAUAGUGUUUAGUCUGAAAGCACCCUCCAGUUACACAAGUCUUAAAAACAAUUACACACAGACCCAAUUGAUUGUGUACAUAACUGAUAAUCACAAUGUUGUGACAGAGUUCCCGAGAUUCUACUUGUAUCCGAAUGAGUGGAAUCGGAUGAGAUUCACAGCAAGGCUAAUAGAAUUAAUUCAGAAUAAAGGAGUUUGCACUAAUCAUUGCACUCCCGGCUGCAACCGUUGGGAUUAUCAAACGAGUGUUCAGCAGAGUCAGACACUUUCACCGUUUGAAGACUACACUUUCAAUCUUGAAGCUUCCUUCAACGACUUACAGUACGAGUACGUCAAGGAAGUAUAUACCACAUCGAUUCCUGGGUUUAUGUCCCAGAUUGGAGGCGAGUAA